AUUUUGAUAUUAUGUAUAAUACUCAAUCCAUCUAAAGCCUCUUCCAUCAUAGAUAAUAUCUUGCGUCAAUAGGAGACAGGAUUAUUUAGGAAGAUUAUUCAAUAAUCCUUCAUUCAGCGACAGUCUUUCCAUCAUGACUACACAAUCGAAUGUUUCGGCAACGCCGAAUCCUCAGUUUCAGAGGCAACCAAUGUCUUAUUUGGAGGGUCCGGUAGAUCCCCCGUUAGUAGAUCUAACUCUCGGCGAACUUUUGGAUCUCCAAUGCCAGCACCACGGCAGUCGGGAAUGCAUCGUCACGCCUUGGACGGGUGCUCGGUGGACGUACAAUGAGCUCAAUCAGCAAAGCUCUCAGUUGGCGAGGACGCUGCUUUCCCUUGGGAUCGGUGUCGGAGACCGCGUUGGCAUUAUGGCCGGCAAUUGCGAGCAAUACGCCGCAGUCUUCUUCGCUGUCGCACGGAUCGGGGCUAUAUUGGUGAUAUUGAACAACACGUACACACCAACAGAAGCGCUGCACGCACUGAAGUUCUCAGACUCGAAAAUAUUCUUCACGACGAAGAAAAUUGGAAGGCUGCAGAACACCAAACUGUUAGCGGAACUAGCCAAGGAGAAGGAGGGCCCCAACGUCGUCAUCCUGAGAGGCGAAUCGGGGUCGUAUCCAACGUACGCAGACCUAAUUAAGCAAGGGAGAUCGGUAAGCGACAGUGACCUUCACCGUCUCGGGAAAAAGGUUCUCGCGCAUAAUGUGUGCAAUCUGCAAUUCACGAGCGGCACCACAGGUCUUCCCAAGGCGGCUAUGUUGACGCACCACAACAUCGUCAACAAUGCUCGCUUCAUUGGUGACCGCAUGCGGCUUACCCCAGAUGAUGUUCUCUGUUGCCCACCACCAUUAUUCCACUGCUUCGGUCUCGUGCUCGGUAUGAUGGCCGUCAUUACCCACGGCGCCAAGAUCGUGUAUCCAGAGGAAACAUUCGACGCAGCCGCCGUCCUUCGCGCCAUCUCCGACGAGCGGUGCACCGCCGUGCACGGCGUCCCCGCCAUGUUCGAUACCCUAUUCAGUCUUCCCUUCCCUCCUAACUUCGACUGCACCAACCUGCGCACGGGAAUCAUCGCUGGUGCCCCUGUGCCCCGCUACCUCAUGGAGCUGCUAGUCGAGCGUUUUGGCAUGACCGAGUUCACUAGCAGUUACGGACUGACAGAGGCCAGCCCAACCUGCUUCAACGCAUUCACCGACGACGCUAUCGAAAAGCGACUCACUACCGUAGGUACAUUGAUGCCGCACGCGCGCGCCAAGAUCGUCGACCAUGACGGUCAAAUCCUACCGCUGGGCGCACGCGGCGAACUGUGCAUCGCGGGGUACCAGCUACAAGCCGGAUACUGGAACAACUCGGAGAAAACAGCGGAGGUGAUGCAGCGCGACGCCGAAGGUGUCCUGUGGUUACGGACGGGUGACGAAGCCGUAUUCGACGAGCAGGGGUACUGCUCCAUUACCGGACGAUUCAAGGACAUAAUUAUUCGCGGCGGCGAAAACAUAUACCCCCUCGAGAUCGAAGAACGGCUACUAGCACAUCCGGCCAUAACCCGAGCCAUAGUCACGGGACUCAAGGACGCGCACUAUGGAGAGGUGGUUGGCGCGUUCUUGCAGCUAGCGGACGAAGCCGUAAAGGAAGGGAAAAAGCUGGGUGAUCAGGAAGUUCGCGAUUGGGUGCAGCAGAAGCUAGGACGCCAUAAGGCGCCGACACACGUGUUUUGGCUAGGCGAGGAUGGCGUUCCGGCUGAUGUACCGCUGACGGGAAGUGGUAAGGUUAAGAAGUUCGAGAUGGCGCGGUUUGGCGAGGAGAUAUUGAGGAAGAGGCGUUUAGAGAAGUUGUAGAUAGGUGGAUUGGCUGAGUGUUUCCCUUUGGCGUAACCCAAGACUUCACUAUUAAAGCCUUUGAGAAUCUUCCCUCGAAAGUUGCAAGCAGAUCAUAGUACACAACUACCAGUAAUCACAUCGCCGGUGGAAUCCAUAUCUGCAGAGAGCUACGAAAACGACACCGACGACAAAAACCCGAUCGUCAAACUCCCAACGAGUUCAGUCGUCCAACAACCCCAUAGCCCACGAGUCAUUACAACCAGAGUGUCGACACCCCUAGCCCAACAGCCAGAUACAUUAGAUUGAUGGGAUUCAGGAUGAUAGUGUCAAGAUUCUAGAUGAGACAUCUAGAACAAAGGACAU